GGAGUUCCGCUCAGCUCCUCUCCCUCGUGCUUAUCAUUUCAACGAAGGAGAGCACCACCAAUAAGAUCAGAUGCCAAUGUACUGCUUCUUCUGUUCACGUGGACGACAUCCACGUCAAAAGAGGAAUACUUGCAUUAUCCCAACUUAAGGAGAGAGCAGGCAGAUGGCUAGUCAACGGGAUGCUGAGGAGAGGAAAGUCAAUUUUAGUUCUAAUAUGUCGACCAUAGACACAGGAACAAGAAGGGAAAACAACAGUACAAGUGUAGGAAUAGGAGCAAAUAAAAACACGAGUGAUUCCACAUCAGCGGAAGAUGGAGAAAGAGGAGGAGGAGAAGGAGAGAGAGGCGAAUGUGAAGAAGAGGAAGAUGCGGCUAAUGAUGACGAACGAGAGAAUGUUUUGGAGGGUAAUGAAUUUGUGAUUGACCCUGAAGGUGACUUCGUCUAUCGAUGGAUGGGUCUAGUAGCCUUAGCAGUAGCGUAUAAUGUGUGGAUAAUCGUCCUAAGGGUAGCGUUUCAUCAUCAUCUUACCAAUCAGGCAAAUGCUCAAUAUUUCGGAGUUGUAGAUCUUGUUUGUGACACCAUCUUUGUCGUCGACUUCUUGAUUAACUUCCGGGUCGCCUUUCUUCAGCAUGGUCUCUUGGUUAAAGAUCCUGCGAAACUAAGCGCAAAUUAUCGACAGCAUGUCAGAUUUAGAUUUGACGUAGUUGCUAUGGUGCCCUGGGGUGUGGCUUACGAAAUAUGUAGAGAACUUUUAUUGCCUUUACGACUUUUCAACAUCUCACUACCUCAGAUAUCAACACCUGUUCUUCGGCUUCCCAAACUCCUAAAAUGGCACUCACUUGAUACCUUCUUCGCUAAAUGGGAUAGCCGCACCAGUAAUCCAAAUCGCCUUCGUGCAUUCAAGCUAUCUAUGUAUCUAGCAAUCAGUAUACAUUGGAUCGGAUGUUUUUACUACAUGCUUUCUGAGUUCGAAGGUUUCGGGGUAAAUGCUUGGGUAUAUCCUUUGGAUACAAUGGAAGAAGACUUCACGAGCAAAUAUAUCAAGAUAAUGUAUUGGUCCACUGUUACACUGACGACUAUCGGAGGAACUCCAAACCCAGUCACAAAUACGGAAUAUGCAUUUACAGGGAUGACAUUUUUAAUAGGCGUAUUCCUAUUCGCAGCUGUUGUUGGAAAUGUUGGCGAUGUGAUCAGCAAUAUGAAUGCUUCCAGACAAGAAUUCACAACUAAAAUGGACGCGAUCAAGUUUUAUAUGAACCAUCGUCGGGUUCCUGAACAUUUACAAGAUAGAGUCAAGAAAUGGUCAGACUAUGCCUGGAGCAGAACACAAGCCUUAGACGACCAGACGUUUCUUGAUAUUCUUCCACCGAGGCUUCGGGCAGAGAUUGCUAUACAUGUACAUCUCGAAACACUUAAAAAGGUGAAGAUAUUUGAAGACUGUGAGCAGGGUCUGUUAUGUGAGUUGGUCCUCAAACUCCGAUCACAAAUCUUCUCCCCUGGUGACUAUAUAUGUCGAAGAGGAGAGAUAGGAAGAGAGAUGUUUAUUAUAAACCAUGGUCAUGUUCAGGUGGUAGUACAGGACCAAGAGACCCAACAGAGUAUGGUGGUAGCUAACCUAUCCGAGGGAAACUACUUCGGUGAGAUCAGUCUACUCAAGCUUGAUGAGGGUCAAAACAGGAGAACAGCUGAUGUUGUUUCGCUUGGAUACUCAGAAUUACUCUGUCUCUCCAAGAAGGACCUCAUGCAGGCGCUGGUAGAAUAUCCGGAUGCAAAGAAAGUAUUAGAGAAACACGGGAGAGAUCGGAUGGAGAAAAACAAAGAGGCGGCAAGAAUGCAGCGGAGGAAAUCAGAGGCUACCCUUCAGGUUCCUGAUGCUUCAAAACUCCUUGAAGAAGGUAGCAAAGAUGGUGAUGGAACCAAUGAUAACCCGGGUACCACUACAGGAACAGGUGGUGGUAGUAAAGACCAAACCAUCAAGCAAACAGCAGUUACUGGUAUACUCACCAGGAUGAUAGAUAAAACAAAAGAGACAAGUGAGCUGAGACAUAUCAUAAACGAGCUUCGAAAAUUUGAUAGUCUUGCAACUAAGCAAAAGGUCACAGAGCUUUCUAAACGGUGUGAUGACUUAAAGACGCAGCUUGAGGAACGUGACGCAGAGUUGAAGCGCGCUCUUCGACGAAUCAGCGAACUUGAAAGUCGCGUGGCGGGAAAAUUACACCACGGACAUUUCGGGCGUGUAAAUGGUAACCACCAUACACGAAUGAACCUAGGCCGCUUGGCAUUUAAAAACUUAAGACAUGGUGGAAGUGUUGAAAGCAGUGAUAAUGAUUCUUCAAGCGUUUGGGCCAGUUUUGAUGCAGAAGACAGUGGUCCGAGGAUCCUUAUUACACUUUCAUCUGAAGAAAAGUCGGGAUCCUUAAACAGCGGGAACGGGAGAACACUAAACGGGAGAACGAGAACUAUAACCGUUCCCGGUAUUUGCCUGAAUGGGGUUAUGCAACAAGAGCCGUCUGAGUAUCAAUUGAUUGGUUUCGUUGGUAAUGGCAAUGGUAUCUAUAGUGAUGAUGGACUAGAAGAGGAAGCAGCAAGACUUGGAAGAGAGUUAUUAUCAGAGAAAAGUGAUUUAUCAUCUCGUAGUUAUCUCGAUUCCAGUAGGAUGUCAGCUGAUCUUACUGAUGCAUCAUGUUAUAGUGAUAACUCAAUUGACAGUGACUUCUGAAUAUUUAUCAUUCUUCCCACUCACAUUUAAAAUAUUCAUUCUACAUGUUAUUUGAACAUUCUUUUUUAAAUAAAUUGAAUUUUAAUAAUUUUUUAAAGCUUAUAAAUACAUGUAUGAUGAUGCACAAAACGGGAGGAAUAAUUUUUAGAAGUUCACCAUUGUAAUGUCAAAUAGACUUUCCUCAAUCUUUAGUUGAAUGUUCGUAUACAAAUACACUUUCAGUUAAAAGGUGCAAACAUAAAAGCAGAUAUCAAAAGUAAAAUCAUUUAAAACUAGUUGUCGAAUUAGGUGCCCUCUGAUAAGUGCCAAAAUACUAACACAAUAACGAUCACGUCUUGUUUAGUGAUUAACCGGUUCCAGUUAAAAACAAAGCGACUUCAUGAAUUUAUACUUACUAAAAAACUUUGAUGUUUAAUCACAUAUUUCCUUCUGGUCUACAAAUUAGGUGACAAUCGCUUAUCACUUUGCCAUCUUAAUAUA